AUGGUGGCAAAUGCCACAACCGAUUCAGUGAAUAUUGAGCCAAGAAAACCUAUAACCAUAUCUAUACAUGGCUUCGCCCCUAAGGUUCCGCGAAAGCUUAUUAGCAGCUGCCCUGGGACUACAGCAUCACCGCUUGAUUUAUUGAUAAGUAAAUAUAUUCGUGGGCUCGUUACCACAAUCUACGUUCGAGGAGGAUCGAUGGUCUCCCCAACUGUCCCUCAGUGGUUACAGGAGCUGCUGAAUAGUGUUACUGUUCCAUUUCCGUUUACCAGCCCAGGAUUUUCACGAUUAAUCAAACGCUUCUCGAUGAAGAACGUUCAUUUUUAUCUCCCUGAUCCAAUUUCAAGGCCGAAUACCCCAGAGUCUAUGCCCAAGGUUUCAGCUUUGGUGCAGGCUGUCGUUGGUUUACCAAGCCAUCUUAAUGUUCCUGUGAAUAUUUCACGAGUUCGUACUAAUGCUGAUGUGUUCUAUCAUGAUCACAAACUUGGCAUUAUCAACAUCAAGCAGUGGCAGAAUGCAAGAGUUCAGCGAGCUGUGGAUGACGCGGAUGGAAACCCAAUAAUGGUAGUAGAAUUCGACAUUCAAAAGGCACCCCUGCAGGUUACAGAUGAGGAUCUCUUAUCCGAAGUCUUACAAAAAAUGCUCUUCGAACGCCAAGGUAUCCCCCUUCGAGUUGAUGCCCAUGUCGACGCAGAGCUGCAGUCAGCCCUUGGCGAGUUUAUCGUCCGAGACAUUCCUUCUGGUGGGAAUAUUAUUGUUCAACCACCAUACGGCUCCGGCUUUACUCUCAAUGAUAUAAAUCCUCAUAUGCAGUCUAUCAAAAUUAUUGAAACCACGAAGAACAGUGUACUCUCUCGGAUUACUGUGAAUUUCACCAAUCCAACCAAUUAUACUGCCCAUAUGCCCUACUUUGACAUUAAGUUGGUUCACAAUUCAAGUGAUGUUGCGCAUAUCAUCGGGCACAACCUACAUAUACACCCAGGGCAGAAUACAAAAGUCGAGAUUGAUGCGCUGUGGAACCCCUUGGAAUCCGGUGGUGAGGAGGGUGCCACAGCAGGACGGGACCUCGUGUCAAAAUGUGUCUCGGGGAAAAACACAACCGUUGCCCUCAAGACCUAUACAAACACUAUCCCAUCACUUCCUCGACUUGGCGCAGCGUUGUCCAGGUUUGAGAUCGAAGCUCCUCUCCCUAGGCUACGCCUUCCUGGUCAGGGUGAUGGAAAUAGCGGACCACUGAUCAAAGAUGCAACGUUACAUCUUUUGACAUCUACUGCCGACUUUACGAUUAUGUCGCCGCUGUCAUCGAAGACUCUUUAUGUCACACACAUCAACGCUACAUCGCUUUUUAACCACACCUCUCCUGUCGGUACAAUUCAAUAUGAUACACCUUUCGCAGUACCGCCAGGGUCAUCUCUUUCGCCGAGACUUCCUGUCCACCCUGACCUGACCGGAGCAGGGUACCAAGCAUUAAGGGAUGCCCUGGGUGGAUCCCUACAACUUGAUUUAUUGGCUGAUAUCGGAGUAAGACUGGGAGAGUUUAGGCAAACUGUCGAUUACACGGGUCGGGGAAUAGGUAUAAAUGUGGGUUGGUAA